AUGGCACCAACUAUCGUUCUCAAUUCCGAUACCAACAAAGGCAUUGGCGAGGAAAUUCUCGAACUUUAUCUUUCUAAGCCCAACCACACUGUUGUUGCCGCAAACCGCGAUCCAAACCAUCCUUCCUCCAAAGCCCUCGCCGAUUUGCCAACGGCUGAAGGCUCGUCCCUUGUCCUGGUCAAAGUUGAUGCUACUAUCUCCACAGAUGCACUCGAGGCUGGGAAGCAAUUGGAAUCUCAGGGUAUUGAUCAUAUUGAUAUUGUCAUUGCGAAUGCCGGCGUUUGCUACGUUUGGCUUAGGGUUUCGGAAGUAAAGGCCGACGAUAUCCAAGGACAUUUUGUUUCAUACGUACACGGUUUUAUGUGGCUGUACCAAGCUAGACUUCCUCUUUUGAAGAAGUCCAAAUUCGGAAAGUUUGUCACCAUUUGUUCUUCCGCAGGAUAUCUCAUGGUAAGUCCGGUCCCAAAUAUCAGUUCACCAUCGAACCAAUUAGACAUGCCAAAUUCGGCCUACGCGCCUUCUAAAGUUGCCGUACAUUGGCUUACAAAAGCUAUCCAUCGUGAAGAGCCAACUCUUAUAGCUUUCCCUAUUGAUCCCGGAUGGGUCCAAACCGACCUGGGAAAUAUCGGUGCUAACCACUUCGGCUUUGACGCAACUCCCCUAGGAGUCGCAGAAUGUGCUGCUGGGUUAGACCAGGUGAUAGCUAAGAGCACAAGAAAAACCUACGGAGGAAAGUUGUACAAGUGGGAUGGCGAGAUUCUUCCUUGGUAG